AUGCAGUCACUGCCGGCACCGCGGGUCGGGACCCUCGGUAUGUUCAUUAUUGACACCUUCGAAUUUCUUCAAGAAGACAGCACCCCAGAAAACCCGAAAGAUCGCGGAUAUGGCGAGCAGAUCGGCGGGGCGGGCUCAUACGCCAUGGUCGGCGCACGAGCCUGGAUCGAACCAGAUCGACUCAGGAUGAUCGUUCACCGUGGAAUGGACUGGAAACUCGAAUGGCAAGGCAGGCUCGAAACGUAUAUGAAUGUCAGCGAUCGUGCAGCUGACGCUGCAGCACGGGGGCCGUGGAUUUUUCGUACACGAGAAGCACAGCGGACGACCAGGGCUGUGAAUAUUUAUCAAGGCCAACACCGGGGAUUCGAGUACUUGACCCCAAAGCUUCGGAUUGAGCCAGAAGAUUUCGUAGACUCUGUCGAAGCCAGCCUUCCCGAAGUCGUUCAUUUUGUCUGCAGCCCUGACCGCGCAGAAGCUAUUUCGGACAAGGUCGACUCGCUGGUUGCCACGGGCCACGGCUGCUCUCUCUCCCUGCAGUCUCGCCAGCCAUUGUUGGUGUGGGAGCCUAUACCUGAUAGUGCAACCCACGAGAACCUGCGAGGCUGCCUUAAAUUAUUCCCUCGUCUACAUGUGUUCAGCCCAAAUCAUGAAGAAGCUGCAAAUUUGCUCGCCGUGGAUCCACCAGGAGAUGAUGCAGACGCAAGGUCUAUCAUAGAAGAAUUGGCGGAGGUUUUUGUAGGUCUUGCGCAAGAGAGCCAACCUCAUGCUCACCCGAUCAUAUGCAUUCGUUCUGGCAAGCUUGGCUCCUAUAUCCGCGGGUAUCAGGUACCCGGUUUCUGGUCUCAAGCGUACCAUACAGAGGCGAUGAAAGAAAGGGUUGUCGAUGUCACGGGAGGUGGCAAUGGAUGGCUCGGCGGGUUCUGUGCGAUCUUGGCAAAUGCAUACGCCAAGCAGAACCGAGAGAGCCUGAGGAGCGAUGAAGCGCUCCUGAAGGAGGCUGCAGACUGCGCUUCGAUAUCAGCUUCAUAUAUCAUUGAGCAACUUGGCCUCCCGGACAUAGAGGUUUGGUCACGAGAAAAUGGGACCGAUGCUCCUGUUGCACGCUUAGCCAAACUAAGAAACCGGCGAGCAUGAAUUGAAAUCGUCCUGCACGGCUGUGCAGCCCAAGCUUGUUGACGUUUAUGAUACACCACUGUCUUUUGAACAUUGCGC